AUGGGCGAGUUGUUAUUAUGCACACCAACAGAAUUAUACAACAUCCUGAACCAAUCAACCAAGUUCUCCAGACUUGCUGAACCAAACUAUUUAUGUCUUUUGGAUGCCCGUUCCAAACGAGAGUAUAAUGAAAGUCACAUUAUAACUGCGAGAAGAGUGAAGCAGGAUGAAGAUCUGCACUUCUUGUUACCAGAGUCUAUUGAGCUGGAUUGCAUGAAGUACUGUGUUGUGUAUGAUAGUCGCACUAACUCCUUGGAUGGAGAAGGCCCAGCUCUAGAGUGUGCGAAGGGGAUUUCACAAGUCUGCCAUUACCCUGUAUUGGUGCUCAAAGGGGGCUAUGAGGAAUUUUCUGGCUACUAUCAUUUCUUCAGAUCACAGAAGGUCUUUUGGAUGCCGCAGGAAAUAGAUGACUUCCAGCCAUAUCCCAUUGAAAUUAUACCUGGUUUAUUGUAUAUGGGAGAUCAUCGCCAAGCAAAUGACCAUCAUAUUCAAAAGGACCUGAAGCUUAAGUCUGAGGUUAAUGUUUCCUUAGAGCCUACAGAACUGUCUGUGCCUAUACUACACAUUGCCGUGUCAGAUUCAGGUGAUUCUGAUCUUCUACAAUUCUUCCCAACUGCUUGUCAGUUUAUAGAUUCUCACAUGGCUCCAAACUGUGCCGUUCUUGUUUCUUCUACAUUAGGGAUCAGUCGAAGCAGCACUGUGGUCAUAGCAUAUCUCAUCCAUGCCAGAAAAUGGACACUCCAGGAAGCUUGGAACCAUGUUCUUAAAUGUAAAACCAACAUGAGACCAAACAGAGGAUUUGUGCAGCAGCUCUCGGAAUGGGAAAAGACAAUUUUAGGCCGUCAGCUCACGGAUAUAUCAGAUCCAAACUUUUAAUGGCCUUGAUGGAUGUUAUUUAAAAUGAUGAACAACUCUAAUCAUUUAGUCACUGUACUAUAUUAUUCAA